AUGGGUGACCUACCAUCAUAUCGAGUUCAGCCUGCUCCUGUGUUCGCUCAUACUGGAGUCGACUUUGCUGGCCCUUUCCACAUUAAGUCACACACCGGGUUGAGAAAAGCGGUCAUCACGAAGGGAUACGUCUGCCUCUUUGUGUGUAUGAGCACCCGCGCUAUACACGUCGAAGUGGUGUCAAACCUUACAACAGAAGCUUUUCUUGCGGCGCUGAAAAGAUUUAUCGGUCGUAGAGGUUUGGUGAUCAAAAUCUAUUCCGAUAAUGCCACUAAUUUUGUUGGUUCGCAAACUGAGUUGGAGCAGCUUGCAAAGCUAUUUGCCGAGGAGCAACAUGCAAGGAAGGUGAACGAGUUUUGCUGCAGCAAGGGGAUAGAUUGGAGCUUUAUUCCGCCGAGGAGCCCCCACUUCGGUGGGAUAUGGGAAGCAGGUGUGAAAUCUGUUAAAUUUCACUUGAAGCGUAUUGUGGGUUCUCGCAACUUGACAUUCGAGGAAUUGACAACUGUGAUGGUGCAGAUCGAGGCUCAACUUAACUCUCGACCGCUGACGCAAUGUAGUGAUGACCCCAAUGAUCUAACAGCAAUCACUCCCGCGCACUUCAUCAUUGGUAGAGAAAUGCAGUGUAUCCCAGAACCAUCUUACAUCAACUUGAAGGAAUCUACAUUAUCACGAUGGCAACUUCUACAAGCGAUGCAGCAGCAGUUUUGGAAACGAUGGACCUCCGAGUACUUACCAGAACUACAAAAUCGUCAAAAAUGGUUUAAGGUUACCAAGAUACGACUCGGUGCACUAGUGCUAAUCAUCGAGCCAAAUACUCCACCUAUGUACUGGCAGCUCGGCAGAAUCACCGCUCUUCAUCCGGGCCAGGAUAAUGUUAUUCGAGUGGUUACAUUGAGAACGAUGAAGGGAGAAUGUAAGAGAGCAGUAACUGAAAUAUGCCUACUGCCAUUGGAUGGAGAUUAG